UUACUUUAAUCACCAGAAUUCGACAUGUCUCGGCAAUUCGGAUUAAUCAGAGACAUGGCGAGGACCGACUACCUGAUUACCUCCUCGGAGAUCGGUUCAGUUAUGCCCGACAAGUUUCCCAAGGCGAAGCAUCACUAUUUGGCCCUUCCACGGACCGACAUUCCCAGUAUUUUUCAUCUUAACCGGACACAUCUGCCGCUCUUAAGGGAGCUUCAUCAUCUGGCGCAAGAGGCUGUCAAAAUAAAAGGAGUUCAUUGGGAGGACUUCCAGGUGGGAUUCCAUGCCAAACCGAGCAUGCAAAGGCUCCACAUGCACGUCAUCUCCAAGGAUUUCGUAUCACCAUGUAUGAAGACCAAGAAUAAUUGGAACUCGUACACCACCGAACUAUUUGUUCCCUACGAAAAACUGUACGCUCAGCUGGAGAAGGAGAACUGCUUUUCCCGACUGCCAAAAUCUCUAGUAGAUGAGCUCUAUUCGCGGCCUCUGGCGUGUAAUCAAUGCGAGUUUGCCCCGGACUCGCUUUCGGACUUGAAGGCGCACUUGCUUUACCACUGGCAUAAUAAAGAUAAGGAGCGUGAGCAGAUGCACGUAAUAGAUGGAAUAAGUAAAAUGUCAUUACGAAACACUCCGCCGAAACACAUCGAAUCGCGGAAUUCGCCGAAACUCAAUCAGUGGAACCAUAGGUUGCAUCAAGGACCUAGGGCUUUUGGAAACGGUCAUUCUCAAAGUCAGAGCGACAACAGGCGCCCGGGAUACAAAGGGUGUCGACCACAGCCUCCGCAUUAUUAUACAACAAAACCUUUUGCUGUUGAGGGAAUUCUACACAAUGGGCAACAAAAUGGAGCGAGCCCAAGACGUUUAGCGAAAAAGGAUCAACAGAUCACACAUGAACAGCCUAAUCAGGACUCAAAUCAACAGAGUAGUCCAAACACACAGAAAGCUCAGCACCCAAGCUACAAUACUCAAAAGCCAAAUGUGCAUAAAGUAAAUUGGAAAACUAUUCCUACUCAAAUUCACCAAAAUGCGGUUCAGAAUCAAAAAGAAAGACGGUCCGCAGCCCCAGCCAAAUUUUAAAAUUCAUCAAGUCAUUGGCGAGAACAACAAUCUUAAUCAACGAAACGGAAAAAAAAAACAACAGGAUGGCAAGAAGAAAAAAGAAGAAAUCACCUGGGAUUCUACAGAAUCAAGAAAUUUUGGCUCCACUACCUCCAAACGAUUCCAAAACAGAGUGCUCCUAGAAUAUUCUUUCUGUAUGAAUGCCAUAUUUUAAAAAUAAAAUUCUUGUGCGCUCUUAGUAGUUUGCACAAGUUUUGUAAAGCAGA